AUGCCACCAGAUCCGCUAUUAGACGAAGACGAGCAAUAUGCAUCAUCAGAAGACUCCGACUUUGCUCCUGACGAUGCGCCCAAUCAAGUUUCUGAUCAAUCUGACGUAGAGGACGAGAAAGAUGAAGGCGACAAAGCAUCUAGUAAACGGAGUCGCCCCGCGGCUGACGAGGACACUGCCGAUGCAGGCUACGAUAAUUCAGGUGACGAGGCAAUCAUAAAAAGGGGUGAGAAGCGCCGUAAAAAGACACAGAUGAAGGGAGUGGAUGAAGACGAAGAUGGUGGUGAGGGUGGUUUGGUCAAGACCCGGAGACAGCGCGCCGCAGAAAAAGAGGAACGCAAGUAUACCGCCAACAGUGAGCCGGUCACUAUCGACGUAGAUGCGCUAUGGUCGCAAAUGAUAGCCAAGACGCCCAUCCCCGGGACCAAGGCCGACGAACCCACCGAUACAGAUAUAAGCACCGCUCCCACAAACAAGAAAAUAGAGUCAACCGUUCAAACGACGGGCUCAACUGAUCCAGAUGAUCCCUCAGCGAUGAUACGUAUCAAGCGAACAUACAAUUUCGCUGGUCGGGUGCAUACGGAGGAAAAACUUGUUGCGCGCGACUCAGCUGAGGCAAAGCUCUACCUUGCCUCGCAGGGCGAUACCCCUUCAACAGGCAGCCCCGAAAAGCGUGCCACAAGGAAAGCUUUCAGGUCUGCUUUUGAGCCUCAAGUGGACCUCAUGCCUCAGCGAUCCGACCUGAAUCUGGGAAUGGCCGCACGAAUCAAGGCUAGCAAGGAGGUCCAGGCCAGAAAGCUCAAUGUCGUGGACAAAAGUCGCAUGGAUUGGGCUGGCUAUGUGGACAAGGAGGGUAUCAAGGACGAGUUGGCGCUGGCAGGCAAAUCCAAGGAUUCUUACAUGGCAAGAGAAGACUUCUUGGCCAAGAUUGACUCCAGUGUGAAUAUUGGCAUAAAAUUACUAAAUCUGCCUGCUAUGGCUAUCCUGGGCAAGCGCAAAGCUGGUUCUGAGCCUACAAUCUCUGAAGAGGAUGCCGCUGCCAUCUUCCGCCGACAUUUCGAAGCGCAGUUCGCACCAUUGCCCGAUGCGAAGGAACCCAAAUCCAGUUCAAAGAAGACGAAACAUGACAAAGAGAGCCACGAAAGCGACGAUAUCGAAGGAUGCGACAGCAGCAGUGACGAUGGUAGCGAUAAUAAGGACGACGGUGAAUGGGGUGGCCUCUCCGGCGAAGACUCCAGUGAAGAGGAAGAGGAAGAGCAGUCUCUAGUGAUAGAGGUCGUGGACCAUUCUGGAAAACAACCAACAAUGCCAGCCACAAUGUCCAAACGAGAACUAAAGGCCUUCAUGUCAUCGCGCCCUCCAGACCAAACAUUCACCAAAUCCGAACCCACACCUGCAGCCACACCAUCCUCACUGAACGACCUCCCCGAAGACGCACCUUCUCUCCUCGCUCAGGAUCUUGAACUUCGUCGACUUAUUGCAGAAUCACACCUCCUCGCUCCCACUAUUUCAGCUUCUGGCGUAACCGUGGCGCCAAAGGCGUUCGCUGCUGGUCGUACUCGUCAGAAGGCCACAGACAUGCGCGUCCAGGCCCUAGGAUCCAAGGUAUCUAUUCAUAAACAGGAGAAGAUGCCCAUGAACAUGCGCAAAGGGAUUGUGGCUGCAGCAGAUGCGCGCGAAGCCAAACGACGAAGAGAGGCCAAGGAGAACGGUAUUAUUCUCGAGAGGGAAACUGAUGCAUCCUUUGACACUCCUCAACAUAAUGCUGUCUUCAUGAUGACCACAGCCCUUCAUCAGAAGCUUGUCCCAGCUACCACAGCAUGGGUCUAUCAAAACCAUAUUUUGGACCACCGAUGA